UGUGACACGCCUGUGGACAGAAGCCAGGCGCCUAUAGUAGCAAUCCUGGAGAAAAUUUAGGCAGCUGUGGCCAUGUAAUUUAAAACCUCAGCAGAGCGUGGGGCGCUCUAUGCGCAGCAUUGGUGCAUUAUGAGGGCUGGAUGCAGCUGGCUCUCGGGAGGACGUGCCCGCCCGCUGCAAGAUAGAGAAGACUGAGAGACCGAGAGGCAAACCUGGGUGCAGCCCGAAAGGUCCAGAUAGAUGAGCUUGUGGCAUCCGUUCCCCAAGUUCAGGAACCUGUACACCUCAGCUGGGCUUUACUGUCCCUGACCUGUGCUUGUUAGAGCUACCCAAACUCGAUUUCAAAGGAAGACUCCGGGUCCACCUGCUGUGGGGCCAGCUGGACGUCAGGAUGCGCACAGUGACCAUCUUGAUUCUUCUCUGCUUCUGCAGAGCCGCUGAGCUCCACAAGGCCCGUCCUGGCGCUUUGAGAAGCCGGGCCGGUGGCAGCAGGAGAGGCCCAGUCAAACGCUACGCGCCUGGCCUCCCCUGUGAUGUAUACACAUACCUCCACGAGAAAUACCUGGACUGCCAAGAAAGAAAAUUAGUAUAUGUGCUACCCAACUGGCCUCAAGACUUGCUGCACAUGCUCUUAGCGAGAAACAAAAUCCGUGUGUUGAAGAACAACAUGUUUGCAAGGUUUAAAAGGCUGAAGAGCCUGGACCUACAACAGAACGAGAUCUCUAAAAUCGAGAGCGAUGCAUUCUUUGGUUUAAACAAGCUUACCACCCUCUUGCUGCAGCACAACCAGAUCAAGGUGCUGACAGAGGAGGUGUUCAUUUACACCCCUCUCCUGAGCUACCUGCGUCUCUACGACAACCCCUGGCACUGUACCUGCGAGUUAGAAACACUCAUCUCAAUGCUGCAGAUCCCACGGAACCGGAAUUUGGGCAAUUAUGCCAAGUGCGAAAGUCCGCCAGCACUGAAAAAUAAGAAACUGCUGCAGCUAAAGCCUGAAGAAUUAUGCGAUGAAGAGGAAAAGGAGCAACUGGACCCCACGCCCCAAGUCUCAGGGAGACCCCCAGUCAUCAGGCCGGAGGCCGACUCCACGCUGUGCCACAAUUACGUGUUUCCCAUACAAACGCUGGACUGCAGGAGGAAAGAGUUGAAGAAAGUCCCAGGAAACAUCCCUCCAGACAUUGUUAAGCUUGACUUAUCAUACAACAAAAUCAGCCAGCUCCGACCCAAGGAAUUUGAAGAUGUUCACGAACUAAAGAAGCUAAACCUGAGCAGCAAUGGCAUUGGAUUCGUGGACCCUGCUGCCUUUCUAGGGCUCACGCAUCUGGAAGAGCUGGACUUAUCAAACAACAGCCUGCAGAACUUCGACUACGGAGUGUUAGAAGAUCUGUAUUUUCUGAAACUCCUGUGGCUCAGAGAUAACCCUUGGCGGUGCGACUACAGUAUCCACUACCUCUACUACUGGCUGAAGCACCACUACAAUGUCCACUAUAGUGGUCUGGAGUGCAAAACACCAGAGGAAUACAAAGGAUGGCCCGUGGGGAAAUACGUGCGGAGUUACUAUGAAGAAUGCCCCAAAGACAAGCUGCCAGCCUACCCUGAGACUUUUGACCAGGACACAGAAGACGAUGACUGGGAAAAAAUACACAGAGAUCACACAGCAAAGAAGCACAGAGUGAGAAUCACCAUAGUGGGAUAGCCGGGACCAGCUUGCAGUGCUGUGCAGUGUCUGGAGAAGGUUUGUUUACACUUUGAUCAAUUGUGAUUCCUAUGUAUACAGGGUAGCCCAGCCACAAAGCCAUUGUGUUGUGGUAAAUGUAGGAAUCUAAGUACCCUGCUUGUCUGCCUUGUGACUGAUUAGAGGGUUCCACCCAGGGCCAGGACUAGUGGUGCAUGCCUGUAAUCCCAACAUCCAAGCUGACGCAGGGGGAUCAUGAUGCCAACCUUCGUACAUAGCCAGAAAUGGUCCCAAAGUAACGGAACUAUUCCACACUGGUGACCUGAGGGACUUUGAUCUUAAUAUGGCUUUAGAAUUUCAAUCUCUUGCAUAUGUUUUUAAUGGCUUUUUGAAAUAAAAGUUAAGAAAGAA